UUGACGUUUCCCGUUUGUCGCGCGUGUAUUCCGUGUUUCUGCCGGGCGCGUUAAAUUUAGUCUGUUGUUUACUUCGUUUUGCAAAGAAACGCGCAUUACCACAAUGAAUUUCUCGUUCGGAACGCCCACCACUACAACCGUCACGACCGGUGGGUUUUCUCUCGGCGCUGCUGCCACCAGCACUGCACCGACAGGAGGGUUCUCCUUCGGCACAACGCCAACCUUCGGUUCCACCGGUGGUACGGGUGCUGCAGCACCGACCCUGUCCCUAAACCCAGCAGGAGCAGCCACAUCAACCGCACCGGCUGCCGGAGGCUUAGGAACACUUUCCUUCGGAGCAUCGCUGGGCGGAACUGCUGCUGGCACUGCUGCCACUCCCUCGCUGGCUGCUUCCGGGGCACAACAAACGGCAGGCGCAACGACAACCGCACUGCCAACGUUUGGCUCGCUGGGAGGAACCCCACAGCUCGGUACACCAUCGGCCACAGCAAGCUCGCUCGCUCCGGCCAAUGCGAAUCAACCGGCCGCCGGUACGACAACGGGCAUUAACCCGCUCGGUGCAGCUCUUGCCGCACCGGCCACAACGACAGCAACUGCCGCCGCCGCUGCCCCUCUGUCGUUGGGUGGAUUCGGUCUGUCCAAACCGGCGGAACAGAAGACACUGUCGCUCGGUGCGUCUGGCACGGCGACAACAACGCCGGCUGCCACUACCACCAACACGGCAGCGUCCACCGCCGGCACCAGCGUCGGCCUAGCGGCGAGCCUUACCACCAACACGCAAACGACCCAGUCCGCCGCCGUCGCCGCCAACCAGCAGCUCAAGUUCUUCCAGCUGGAGGAGUUCAUCAACAAGUGGACGCUCGAGCUGGAGGAGCAGGAGAAGCUGUUCACCAACCAGGCGACGCAGGUGAACGCCUGGGACAAUAUGCUGCUCGCGAACGGCGAAAAGAUCGUCGCCCUCAACGAGGCGGUCAUGAAGGUGAAGGCGGAGCAGAACGCGAUGGAGCAGGAGCUGGAGUUCAUUACCGCGCAGCACACCGAGCUGGAGGAGUGCAUCGUGCCGCUCGAGCAGGAGCUGUCGCGCAUCGGCCAGAUCGAUCUCGAGCGCGGCCAGACGUACUCGAUGGCGGAGACGCUCGACUCGCAGCUGAAGCAGAUGUACGAGGACCUGAAGGAGGUGAUCGAGCAUCUGAACGACGCGAACAAGUACACCGACCCGAACGAUCCGCUCGUGCAGAUUGGCAAGAUACUGAACGCGCACAUGAACUCGCUGCAGUGGAUCGAGUCGUCCUCGACCGCGAUCACCAACCGGCUGGAGGAGAUCAACAAGAUGCACGAAACGCUGCGCAAGGAUAAUGAGCGAUCGUUCCGCCUGACGUACUACGAUCAGUAGUGGGGGGGCUGUGGAUUAUGUUCUUUAGGGUUAAAUGAACUUAAAAUAAAUUGUAUUCCAAUAGGA